GGAAGCUGAAAAGUUGUUGAAGGAACGGAGUGUAAACAAGGAUUUUAAAAAUAUUUAGUAAGCUGAAAUGCAGAAAUUUCACAGUGGCGUCUCCGUCCUCUAGACUAAAAGGAGUUUGUAUGGCCAAGUCAAGGAAGGAAUCGGACUGCCAGAUGAAAUUAUUUAAGUUAUGAGGAACGCUUGCCUGUGGGUUCUCCCGCUAAACAGACUUGCUGUUUUUUACUGUGUAUGGAUGUCUGCAGUGUACUGUACAUUCUCAAAAAAUUGUCAAAACUUAUGUACAAGUAACCUGGAAGGAGAAUUUGGGAUUACUAACCUUUGCAAUGUUAGUGACAUCACUGCAGCAUGCACACAGGGAUGUCAGUUUUGGAACGCAACAGUGCAAAUCAAUUGUCCACUGAAAUGUAACAAGACAUACACCAGAGCAUGUGAGACAGUUUCCUGUAAGUUUGGCUGUAGCCGGGCAGAGGAUACAUAUGGAGUUGAAGCACAGAACUACUUGAACAAGCCUAGUGCACCAUUUGCAUCUACCAUAGGAAGCCACAAUGUCACAUUAGGGUGGAAGCCAGCUAACAUCUCUGGGGUGAACUAUAUUAUCCAGUGGAAGUUCAAGCAGCUCCCUGGAGACUGGAGGUACACAGAGGUAGUAUCUGAAACUUCAUAUACAGUCGAAGACCUUCAAGCCUUCACAGAGUAUGUGUUUCGAGUAGUUUGGAUCGUCACAUCUCAGCUGCAGCUCCAUUCUCCAUCGAGUCCCAGUUACCGGACACACGCUUUUGGAGCUCCUGCGACAGCUCCUGUCAUUAAAGAUAUUCAGAGUUCAAGUCCAAACACUGUUGAAGUUAGUUGGUCUCCACCACUUUUUCCCAAUGGAUUGAUUGUUGGGUAUAACUUGCUCCUGACCAGCGAGAAUCACAAACUAUUGGGAGCCUCAAGAGGGCAUAGCUUUCAGUUCUACUCCACCUUCCCAAACAACACUUACAGGUUCAGUAUUGUGGCGGUUAAUGAGGUUGGUGCUGGACCCCCUGCUGAAGCCAACAUCACAACCCCAGAAUUCAAAGUUAAGGAAAAAGCAACAUGGCUUUUCCUAUCCAGAAACCGGUCUUUAAGGAAAAGAUACAUGGAACAUUUCCUCGAAGCAGCCCAGUGCCUGCAAAAUGAUAUUAUACGCCACAACAUUACAGGAAUUUCUGUGAAUGUUUAUCAGCAAGUUGUCUAUUUUUCUGAGGGAAAUUCCAUCUGGGUGAAAGGAGCUGCAAAUAUGUCCGAUGUAUCUGACCUGAUGCUCUUUUAUGCUGGCUGGGGGAAUAUUACGUCCAUCUCAGUAGACUGGCUUUACCAGAGGAUAUACUUUGUCAUGAAUGAAAAGAUACAUGUCUGCCAUUUAGAGAACUGCACAGCAGCUGAAGACAUCACUCCUCUUUACGUGACAUCCCCUAGGAAGGUUAUAGCUGAUCCCUAUAAUGGCUAUAUUUUCUGUCUUCUGGAGGAUGGCAUAUACAGAGCAAACCUUCCACUCUUUCCUGGCACUGCCUCCACAGCUUCACCAGUAGUGAAAUCCAGGGCUCUGAGAGACUUCACGAUCAACUUCCAGUCUAAGAGACUUAUUUUCUUCAACAAAACAGAUCAGGCCUUUGUGUCAGGUUUUCUUGAUGGUUCAGAAUUUCACACGCUGCGAUCACAUGUGUCACUUAAUGACAUUGAGAGCUUUGUUUAUGAGAAUAAUGUAUUUACUGUCACAGAUGGCUCAGCAGUUUUCCAUGAGGAGGUCUCUCCAGUAGGGAGUUCUAGCUUCAAUGAGUAUGUUGUGGAUUGCAAUUUGGCAAAUCCAGACUACUUUGGCUUUGGUAACUUGCUUUUCUACGGGGCAUCAACUCAGCCUUUUCCUUUACCAACUCUGCCUCGACUUGUCACGGCACUAUUUGGGUUGGACCAAGCUGUGAUCAGCUGGACACCACCCGAACACGCUAUUGGAACAAGUCUAUCUGCUUGGCAGAACUGGACCUAUGAUGUGAAAGUGUCAUCUCAGCAUCCAUCUGAGGAGGAAUGGGUUGUCUCAAACAUUAGUGACACUAGGUUUACAGUGAAGGAACUGGCCAGCUUCAGAGCAUAUGAAGUGUCAGUCAGAGCUGUGUCUCCUGCCGGUGAAGGGCCAUGGUCGGAAUCAUUUAGAGGCACAACUUUAGAAGAAGCUGAAGAAGACCCGUACAUGUUGGCAGUGGGGGAUGAAGGACUCUGGAAACAGCGGUUGGAUAGCUACGGGCCGGGAGAACUCCUUUAUCAUCAUAUAAGAAAUAUUUCAGACCUUGACUGGUAUAAUGACACUCUUUAUUGGAUUAAUUCCAUGGGGGAAGUUCAGACCUGGUCACUGAACAAAAGAGAGGGUACCACUGAGAAUACUUAUGUAUCUGGCAUCAGAAAUGCAAGGAUGUUGGCCUUUGAUUGGUUGGGUCAAUGCUUGUACUGGGCUGGCAAAGCAAAUACGAUCUACAGAAAAUCACUGCUGGGAGGCCAUGUGGAUAUUGUGGCUCAUGUUGUAUUCCUAGUGAAGGAUCUAGUAGUGGAUUCAGUAAAUGGCUAUUUGUACUGGGCCACAAUGUAUUCAGUGGAGAGCGCAAGGCUGAAUGGAGAGGAGUAUCUUAUGUUUCAACAGCAGCUACAGUUUUCGGGUAAACAGGUGGUUGGUUUAACUUUGGAUCUCACCUAUGGUUUUCUUUACUGGCUUGUGCAAGAUAGUCUGUGCCUAAACCUAUACAGAAUUUCUCUUUGCAAAGAAGGUUGUGGUAACGCCAUCAUCACAGAAUUUGCAGCAUGGAGUACUUCAGAAAUAUCUCAGGGUGCACUGGAGUACUACAGUGGUCGUCUGUUCUGGAUUAAUAGUCUUCAGUUCAUUACAACUCAGGAAGUCAAUCAGAGCCUUAGCAUUCCCUUCUCGCAACCAGCAGAGUUUGCAGCCUUUACCCUUGUUCACACAUCACGUAAACCUUUGCCAGGAAAUUUUUCUUUUACACCAAAAGUGAUUCCAGUUUCAGUGCCAGAGUCUUCCUUCAGGAUUAAAGGAAAUUCUUCAAGUUUUCACAUCACUUGGAGUCCAUCCACAAAUGUGGAAUGGGGAACUGUCUUUUACUGUGUGGGAUCAAAAACUCUACAAUCUUUGGAGAGUGAACGGUGCCUCCAUCCCCAUAACUUGACGGUGCCAUCCUACCAAGUUGAUUGGCUGGAACCAUUCACACUCUUUGAUUUUACCGUCACUCCAUACACAUACUGGGGCAAGGCGCCAACAACGUCUGUACUUCUUCGAGCCCCUGAAGGAGUUCCUUCAGCCCCUACAAACCCUAGAAUAUAUGUGUUACAAAAUAACCUACAUAGAAGUGAUGAGAAAGUCCUUGUGGAGUUCAGAUGGGACAGGCCUGAAAGGGACAAUGGAGUACUAACACAAUUCAGGGUUUACUAUCAAUUAUUGAGUCAGAAUGGCACUGCUGACACAUUCACAGAGUGGAAAGCGAGAAACGUCACACCUACCCUGGAUUUCUUUUCUCUCGGGGAUGUACUUCCUAGCCUCACAGUAAGGUUUCAGGUGCAAGCCUUCACCUCUGUGGGUCCAGGAGCUUUGUCUGAUAUAGCAGAGAGGAACUCCUCAGAUCUUUUCCCUGUCCCAACUCUUCUAACUGUUUCUGCCAACAAGUUGUUUCUUACUGACAUAGACAAUAAUCAUACCAUAUGGGAACUUUCAGCAAAGACAAAUGUAAAGGACAUCUGUUAUACUGCUAAUGAUGAUGAAGUGUACUAUAUCGUAGAAGAUUCUCUUUUUCUUCUAAAUAAACAGAAUACUUCAAAGUUUCAGUUUUUCAAAGAUGAAUAUCUUCACAAUGCCACGGCCAUCACAGUUGACUGGAUUGCAAGACAUCUGUUUGUUGCCCUGAAAACACCAUGGAAUGAAACUCAAAUAAGUGUUAUUGAUCUUGAGCUCAAGAUAAAAUCUCUAAAAGCCUUGAAUAUACAAGGCUUGGGUAAAAGUAAUUCAACUGUAUCAUCUCUGUUGUCAUAUCCUUUCUUAAGCCGCUUGUACUGGAUGGAAGAGCUUGAUUAUGGCAGCCGCAUGUUUUAUUAUGAUGCUCUGAAUAACACUGUGCACCACAUUUUGGGAUACAUAUCAGCAGAAGAACAGAUGAGGAACUACUGCACCUGUAACGUGGCAGAAGCAGAGCUAGGAAAACCUAUGAGUAUAGACGUGUCUCACUCCAAGAAUCCCCAGCUGCUCUUUAUCAGAGGAAGAGACGAAAUAUGGGCCUCAGAUAUGGAUGGUUGCCACUGUUGGAGAAUUACCAAAAUACCAAGUUUUCAAGGUAAGAAAAUUGGAAGCUUGACUGUAGAUAAGAAAUUUAUAUACUGGAGCAUUGAAACAAAGAAAUACACUGAAAUUCAUCUAGCAAAUAAAGAAAGCACAAGUCACUUUCUUCAGAAGAGAGAAAUUCAUGACCUGAAAAUCUUAGCCUACAGUUCAGCAGCACAACUGUAUCCAGAUAAAAGAUGCCUGAUUCUAUUGCCAGACACUGAGAAACCUACUAUCCUUGCUACGACAAACACCAGUUUUGUGUUAAGCUUGCCAUCUGUCAGACCACAGCAGCUAUGCCCCGGCAUAUCACUGCCUACGCCAACAUACCUGGUAUUUCUCAAACAAAUGACUAACAACCACAGGAACUCAAGCUACCAUUUGUCAGCUCUAUGGCAAAAAACAUUGGUUUUUCAGGAUCCUAUAGCCGUCAUAGACAACUUACAGCCAUUUUCAAGUUAUGUCAUACAAGUUGCAGCAAAAAACUACUAUUCAAAUCAGGAAGUGCUGCCUAUGGGAAAAGAGACAAUUGGCACAACACUAUAUGGAGUACCAGAGGCAGUUGAUUCCAUUAAGACUGUGGUUUUGUCUGACACCACCAUCAACAUAUCUUGGAGUGAACCUUUGAAGCCAAAUGGACCUCCAGAAUACAUCCGCUAUCAAAUCUCUGUCAAUUUAUUGCCUCCUGUCCCAUCUACACCCUUGAGAAAAAGUGAAUUUCCAAACGGGACACUUGCCUGGUCUGUCAGUGGGCUCCAAUCCGGAACAAACAAUUUAUUCAAGGUUCUUGCUUUUCAUCCCAACGAGAACUGGUUUUCUGAAAGUGUCCCUGUUACUGCAAAAACAUUUGAGACUCCACCUGCACCUUCUAACAUAGUUCCCAGAAAUACCAGUUUCCAGCUAGAAUGGAGAGCUCCUUCGCACGUCAAUGAAACCAGCUUCUGGUUUGAGCUGCGUAAGUGGGAAACAAAAAGUGACUGGGUUUCUCCUGCAAGCACUACUUGCACAGCAGACCUUGUUUACACGUGCAAUCUCACAGGAACUCUUCCUUCAUCCAACUACUUUGUAAGAGUAACAGUAGUUUAUGUUACAGGAUUGAAAAGCAUUUCCUCUUCAACAAGCUUUAAAACUACAGCUGGUGUUCCCAGUAAGCCAGGAGUUCCAAAAAGAGCAGAAGACACUAAAAACUCUGUACAAUGGGAAAAAGCUGAUGACAAUGGAAGCAAUCUGACCUACUACAUCUUAGAAUGCAGGAAGCAGUCUGACACCACCAGCAAAGUGAAGUCCUUGUGGAAGGUGGUUUACAACGGCUCCUGUGCCAGUAUUUGCACAUGGAAGGCCAAGAACUUAGAAGGAACUUUCCAGUUCAGAGCAGCAGCUGCAAAUGUGCUGGGACUUGGUGAAUACAGUGACAUAAGCAAGGAUAUAAUUUUGGGUGAAGAUACUAUGAUCUCCCCAGACACCGUCAUUGCCAUUGCUGUUGUGAUCGGAGUGGUUGUGCUGGGCUUGACUGUGGCCAUGUUAUUUGGGUUUGUAUGGCACCAACAAAGGACAUCCAGAAAACAGGCCUUACCUGGACAGAUAGUGUUUAUCAAGGAAGAUAAAGAAUUAGCUCAACUCAGGGGGGUGGCUGAGACAGUGGGACUAGCCAAUGCCUGUUACGCUGUAAGCACUCUACCUUCUCAAGCAGAGAUUGAAUCAUUGCCAGCUUUUCCUCGGGACAAACUGAACUUACACAAAUUUUUAGGAAGUGGAGCAUUUGGAGAGGUGUAUGAAGGAACUGCAGUAGAUAUCCUGGCAGAUGGAAGUGGAGAAUCCAAAGUAGCAGUCAAGACUUUGAAGAAGGGUGCGACAGACCACGAGAAGAGUGAGUUCUUGAAGGAGGCACACUUAAUGAGUAAAUUUGAUCACCCUCACAUUCUGAAGUUACUUGGCGUGUGCCUGUUAAAUGAACCUCAGUACCUUAUACUGGAGCUGAUGGAAGGAGGGGAUCUACUUAGCUAUUUACGAGGAGCCAGAAAGCAAAAGUUCCAGAGUCCCUUACUGACAGUGACUGACCUCUUGGAUAUAUGUUUGGAUAUUUGCAAAGGCUGUGUCUAUUUAGAGAAAAUGCAUUUUAUACACAGGGACCUGGCUGCUCGCAACUGCCUUGUGUCUGAUAAGAAAUAUGAGAGCUCCUCUCGAGUAGUAAAGAUUGGUGAUUUUGGACUUGCCAGAGAUAUCUACAAAAAUGAUUACUACAGGAAAAGAGGAGAAGGCCUACUCCCUGUCAGAUGGAUGGCUCCUGAAAGCCUCAUGGAUGGUGUCUUUACAAAUCGCUCUGAUGUCUGGGCUUUUGGAGUCUUAGUGUGGGAAACAUUAACUUUGGGUCAACAACCAUAUCCAGGUUUCUCCAAUACACAAGUUUUACACCAUGUACGAUCAGGAGGAAGGCUGGAAACUCCAAACAAUUGUCCUGAUGAUCUAUGUGAUUUAAUGACAAGAUGCUGGGCCCAAGAACCUCACAACAGACCUAGUUUUACUUACAUUCAGGACAAACUACAAGAGAUAAGACACUCUCCACUGUGUCUCCACUACCUUGAAGACAAAGAAUCAACAGCUGGAGUCAUCAACGAAGCUUUUGAAGAUAGUGAUGUUCCAUGUGCAGAUUCGGACAGUAUUCUUUCAACCACGCUCAUGGAAACAAGGAAUCAUGAGGGCUUAAAUUAUUUGGUAUUAGUCAAAGAAGGCAACCAAGAGCAAGAAAGCAUCAAUUCUGCUGAACUUAGUUAAGUCUGAUUCCCUCUGAAAGAAAGAAAGAGUGAAAGAAGAGAAAACACUCUACCAAAGAAGACAUAAGCCAAGGAAAGUAUUCUACACUUCAUCAUAUUUACAGAGAUGUCUUUAAAAAAACAGGAACUCUCUAAAACAUUAAAACUACCAAAAAAAUCAUAAGGUACUGAAUGAUGUGUAGCAGAAUAAGACAACAAUUACAUAUCUUUUGAUUUUCUACAUGUUAUGCUUUGGGUGUUUCACAGGAGAUAGUUUAAGAGAAUAAAACAACCAGACAGCAAGUGAUUUUACUGUGGUGUUGAUUAACUUUAAACAAUCACAUAUGCCUCAGACACUUCCAAAAAGGGAGUAUUGGUAUGCUGUCUUAAAGAAUCAACCAACUCGCUCAUGAAAAAAAAACAACAAACAAACGGUUUAAAUUCAUUUUGCACAAAUAAGAUUUUACUAAUUGAAAAACUAACAUAAAUUCUUGUUGCAUUUUUAUGAACUCCAAAUCAGAAAGCAACUGAACAAGGGUGACUGGUUUGUUCACUGCUGAAGAUAGUCUAUUUUGCCAUUUAAUUUAAACAAAUGCUUGCAAUCAUCUUGAAUGUUAAGUUGCAGAGCAACUGAUCUGUGAAUCUAGGAAAGCUUGUUUUCUUACAUUUCUUUUCCUUUCCCUUUUUAAUGUUGAUCAUCCUCGCUUAUUUCUUAUGAGACUGGGUGAAGAGAAAUUUUUAUUAAUGUUUGGAGAUCAAGUCAAAACAUAUAAUAAAACAAUAUAUAAAUCAUUACUGAAUAAAAGACAGCAAUAAGCCUUUUGGAACAUUUCAUCAUGAAUAGUAGUUUGCAAAUUAUGAAGAGCAUUGACAUCUGUCAGGAAGCUAUAAGCGUGCUCUGAUCUUACUCAAAUAUUUGAGAAUGUUGGACACCAAAGAGUAGUAAAGGCACUAUCUGAUGUCAGAAUGCAUACCUUUUUAAGAUGCAACUCCACUGAAAUCAAACUUCAGAAGUUUCUUAUAUGGAGAUCCAACACAGAUGAAGAAGAAAUUCUUUUUUUGACUGUUUUACUCAAACAAAAUAGAAAUUGAGAGCUUUUCAAUUAGGAUUCUUCAAAGUCCCUGACAAAGUCCCUUCAAGUGGUCUAUAAUUAUAUAAAUAUUUUUUUUCUUCAUCUACAAAUUAGUGGACAAGCCAGAUUUGCUAGUAACAACAAUUGCAGCGCUGCUUUCUUUUUUUUUCUCCUAAACCAUGCUCACCAGACCAUGAGUGACGGAUAAAUGAAUAAAUACUGUAUAAUAUUUCCUUCCUCUUCAAGUGCUGCUCAAUUGAUUGUACAAUCAUCCUUCCAUUUCAUUAACUUAAACGUGAGUAACAUUUACUAACCAGUAGCAUGUGCCAGCCAGAAUCCGGGAAGAUCCCAGUUCUGUAGUCACCACACCUGGAUGACUCCAUGUGCAUGUGUAAUUCCUCUUCACUCAAAAGGACUACUCAGUCGGCAAGCCACAAACAAAGGUUUUGAAAAACAACAAGACUUCCCAUGAUAUCUUUUUCUUUAGAAGAAGAAGCCUUCAAUCCUGCCAAAAUUUCGUCUAGGCAGCAACUUUCACAGGCCACAUGACCAUGUCUUUGAUGUGAUAACCCAAGUCGAUUCAGUUUCAUAUAGGUCUGAGUUGAAAAAGAGUCAUGCAAGAGCCUAUCCAAUAUGGGUAAAAUGGGUUAGUGUGCAAGGUGAGUGUCAGUGACAGACAGCAUUCGGAAGUAAUGCCCUUCAGGCCUUGAAAUAGUCCCAAAUACCCAAAGCAGCACAGAAAGAGCAGACGAGAAGGUAAGUCUUGCUUUGUCCACAUUUUGUAAGUGUUGCAAGACAAGAGUAAUUUUAAUGAAGGAUUUAUCACAGCAUGAUGAGGAAGAAAGUGUCAAGUUUAAUGCAUUGCCAAUAAAUGAAAGCUCAGGAUAUUGACCAGUGAUCUAUGCCUUUUGCAUCUAAUAGUAUGAAAAAUGGAUUGGACUGGGUAAAACACAAAUCUCUCAAAUCAUAUCUAAGGAUCCUGAUCUAUAAGUUGCUGAAUUCAGUGGAAGACACAGUACCCGACCUUCCCUGUACGUGCAGUGGUCUGAGGCAUGCUUAGUGAUAGAAAUUAUCAGCUCGAAGCAUGGCCCUACCCAUUCUCCUUCUCCAUUCUCCUUUCCUCGUUUCCCUGCCUUAGAGGAGUAAGAAUGCAAACGCAACUAGUUCCACUGAGUUAUGGCAAAGCUGAAUUUGAUGUGUGCAAACUUACCUUGCUUGCAUCCACUCAUUAUGCUACUUGCAAAGAGUUUCUUAAUCCUUCAUAUUUCUGUAUCACCCUUCUCUUUACACUUCUUCAUCAUUUCACUUCUCAUUGAAGUGAUGCUUCCUCUCUUCAUUCGAACUCUUCACAAUGAUUCAUGCUUUACUCGUCAACUCUUAUUCACUAUCACCUCUUGCCUUCAAGCAGCCAGCCCCUGAUCACAGUUUUCGAAGCUAUAGUCGGGGAGAUGCACAUAUAAGAAGUGUUGAGAAUGAGAGAUCUUUUUAGCACAUUGUCUCUUGUGCAGAGAGUGGCACCACCUGGCCUGUGUUUGUCUCUAGCUCUUGGCAUCUCCUGCUGUGGCAGAUCAAGGGAAAGAGUCAAGAAAGCCUUGAGUUCAAGUGUCUUGACUUUCAAGACUAUAGGUUUUUAAAUAAGUGUAAAUGGGUUCAAGAGUGGCAAUGUAAUUUAAAGGAAAUAUUUAUUUAGUGGAGAAAAGAAUCCUGACAUAUUAGAAAGGUUAAAUACGACAUAAGGGUAAAAGUGAAGCCGUUGUUGUGGCCACACUUGUGUGAUGUACUGCUGAGAGACUCAUCCUCAAGCAUAGAGGCAAUAUCAUGCAUUUUUCGUUUAAGGUGUACAGUGAGACCGAGUCUAUGGUGUGAUAUCUAUGUAAUAAAAGGAAUUAUUUUUGGAUUCCCUUGUAAGCCAGAGAAAGCCACCUAAAUAAGAGGAGAAACUCGUCCUUAGAAGAUUCCCUCUGCAAGAGCUGGAGGAACCAGAAGGUGAUAUCUCAAGUCUGACUCCUACCACCAAUUCCAAAAGCCUCUUAAAAAAAGCAUAAUUCUGAGGCUGGUAUAAAGCAGACGGACCCAAUGUGUACCUGCUGUAAAUCAGGCUAAAUAUGUUAGGCUGUGCUGAUGUACAGCAGUGGAGAAACUGCCUCCAAGUCUAUAGCUUCCCAAGAUUUGGGCUGAGAGAGGUAGACCUAUGCCCAGACCAGCCCAGCCAACAAUAACUAAAGCAUUAAUGUUUGGUGGCAAAUCUAAAACAUAGCACAAGACGAGCUGCUAUGAAGAAAAUAGACUCCAACCCAUUACAGUCUCUAACCUGCCCGGGAAGAGGUGUGUGACCCCAGGGGCUGAUGAGGGGAUGCCCUAGGUGAGUCUCUGGGACACAGUCGGUUACUAUCUCAGGCUCUUCGUUGUUCCUUGAUGCCAAAACAAACACUUGGCGAGAUCACUGAGCAAUGAUGGUGAGCAUGCUUCAGGAUGUGAUACCACAGGCCCACAGUGCUGGGCUCUCAAAUGGCAAUGACUGAACUCUGAGCCGUGCUUGGACAGACAUGGACAUACUAUGUGGCUUUAGUUGGCUUAUUUAAUCUCUCAGCUGCAGACUUGACAUCCAUAUGAAUGGCUGAAAAAUAUUUACAGCUACCUAUGAAUAGUAUUUACUACAACAUAACACAAAUGCUGUGGCGAUUAAUUAAAGUUUGUAAAUUAUUUUGUAAACGUGAAGGGCCAGGGCAGAUGGUAUUUAUUUACUAAGGCAGCAUUUUCAGUGGCAUCAAUUCUAAGUCCGCUAUCUUCAGCCCCCUUGGUCUACAGCAGGAGGUAACACCCCACCAUCAGUGCAUUUCUGGUUUGAGAGUUACUUGCGAGGGCUUUUGAGCUGGCACAUAGUGAUCACCAGAUCUAUCCAAAACCUGUGUACUUCACGCUUUCCAUUCAGGAUCACAAUCAAGAUCCUACAAAGGAAAAAACAAAGCUUUAUGACCAAAAAAAAUUGAGUUCUUACUGGGUGAAAGAUAAAGUUAUGGAAAGUUUGCGUGUAGCUGCUGCUGAGAUAUGCCAGGCUUCAGUGGGAUCACUUGCUUAUCCCCAUGUGCCACAGAGAAAACCCUCAGCAGUUUGACAUGAGCUAUGGGAAUGUGGCUGUCAAGAUCUCUGAAGAGAAAACUUAUACAGCUUGAAAAGAGGAUUUUUUGAGAUAUGAAAAGCGAAAGACGUGUUUGCUUGUAUCACAUAGGACUGAAAAACGUAGGGUGUUAAGAUGAUUUCUUUGCCUUUUUUAUAUUUUCAAUUCAGGUCUCAUCAUCCCUGGGAAACUUUAUUGUCAAGUCAUUCAAUGUCAUCAUCCCAAGAUUUGGGGAACUUAAAAAUGGCCACCAUAAAGGCAAAAGGUUGAGCAGCUAUACUGCUAACGCGAGUGUUUUCUGCUAGUCUUCAUUACCUGCAAAAACUGAUAAGCGGCAGGGACAAGACAAGAGCUGAGUUCACCACAGCCUUGCUUAUCUGAGAAGCUCGAGCCAGGGCCCAGGCUACACUAACUAAACUAACUAAAGUUGCUGUUCCUCAGCUUUCCUGGUACCUUAGAUAACAGAGACUAGUAACAUCCUCCAGAUCACAAGGUCCCUCAAGAUUUGGUUCCCUCGGUACUUGUAUGGAAGGGCACAAAGACCCUUACAGUAGGGCCACUGCACACUUGAUUCCCACAGCUGUUUUCAGCAGAGAAAGUUUUACCAUCUACUUGAACUAAUGUCUCCAGGUUUUUCUUUUAUUUAUUUUCUUUGACAUCUGUAGCAUGCUGUCUAUGAUGGCUUGAGUCCUCAGGUGUGGCUCUACUGCGCGCAACCAGGUGAAACCGAUUCUCUGUGAUUCAGGUUUAGGACUAUGCAUUUUAAUAAUGACUGUAAGGGCAAGCUUUCUUCUUGAUUCAAAUUUACCUCUUUCUACAUAAAGCUGAUCUUAAUUCAGCUAAAACAGAUCUGAAAACCGUUAUUGUGGAAAAGAAUGUCUGUAAAAUAGCCUGAAGAA